GAGGGCUGGAGUCUAAUGGUUACUCAAAAUUUCCGAGGUGCACAGGUGGAUAUGAUCCCCGGUUUUUCGAGAAGAAGCUAGACUGCGCACGGAGGUAUAUCCUGUACCUUGCUUGAUUGGGGGCUCUGAGUCCAGUUCUGUUGUCUUCAGCUUAAGCACCAUGGAGGCACCUCCAGUCACCAUGAUGCCUGUCACGGGGGGCACCAUUAACAUGAUGGAGUACCUGUUGCAGGGAAGUGUUUUGGAUCACAGUCUGGAAAGCCUCAUCCACCGCCUUCGUGGUUUGUGUGACAACAUGGAACCUGAGACUUUCCUUGACCAUGAGAUGGUAUUUCUUCUUAAGGGCCAGCAAGCCAGCCCAUUUGUCCUAAGGGCCCGCCGCUCUAUGGACAAGGCAGGGGCACCCUGGCAUCUGCGCUACCUGGGACAGCCAGAAAUGGGAGACAAGAACCGUCAUGCCUUAGUGCGCAACUGCGUGGACAUUGCCACAUCUGAAAACCUCACUGACUUCUUGAUGGAAAUGGGCUUUCGCAUGGACCAUGAGUUUGUUGCCAAGGGACACUUGUUCCGUAAGGGCAUCAUGAAGAUUAUGGUGUACAAGAUUUUCCGCAUCCUGGUGCCAGGAAACACAGACAGCACUGAGGCCCUGUCGCUCUCCUAUCUUGUGGAACUAAGUGUUGUUGCACCAGCUGGGCAGGACAUGGUCUCAGAUGACAUGAGGAACUUUGCUGAGCAGCUGAAACCUCUGGUACACCUAGAGAAAAUAGACCCCAAAAGGCUCAUGUGACUAAGAGGGUCUGUCCACCUUUGGGACCUGUCCUCGCUUGUU